AUGAUGACCUUCGACAGUGAAGAAGAACUGGUUAAGAUUAAGAGGCUAUAUCCAUCAGCAAGGUUGCUGUUGAGAUUCCGACCUAAGCACAGUUGUGAAGUACUGUAUGAUCUAGGGAAGAAGUUCGGAUGUGACAUCGCAGAAGCAAUGGAUUUAUUUCAAUCGGCAAAAAUCAUGGACUUAAACGUCAUUGGUGUUAGUUUCUACGUUGGAGCCAACUGCAGUAGUCGGGAUGCAUUCUCGUUGUCAAUCCAACAAGCACGAAAAAUAUUCGACAUUGGACUCCAAGUCGGCUUCGCUCUGAACAUCCUGGACAUUGGAGGUGGCUUUCGGGGCAGAUAUAUUGAAGUUCCCUCUAUUGCAGAGAGUGCCGACAUCAUAAACAAGUGUCUUGAUGAUUGCUUUCCCGAAGAAGAAGGAGUAAAAAUCAUUGCUGAGCCAGGACGCUACCUUGUAGAGAGUGCCAUUAGUACUGCAGCGAGAAUCAUUGGACGAAAAAUCGUCUAUAACAAUGGUAAGAAUGGAAACUGCAGAGGAAAGUUAUGGUGUGAUUGA